UCGUUCACGUUACCGGGGGUUUGUGAACCACGUUAGUGUAUAGUGUUGUGAUUUAUUUACAUUAAAUUAAGUUAAAAAUUAAAUAAAUUCAACAAAAUGCCACCUAAAAAAGCUGUUGAAGUUGAACGAAAACCAUUAAUUGGACGUCUUGGUACCAAUUUAAAAAUUGGUAUUGUUGGUGUUCCAAACGUUGGUAAAUCGACAUUUUUUAAUGUCUUAACAAAAAGUCAAGUGGCUGCUGAAAAUUUUCCAUUCUGUACCAUCAACCCAAAUGAGAGUCGUGUACCAGUUCCCGAUGAAAGAUUCGACUACCUUUGUAAUUUCUACAAACCUGCAAGUAAAGUACCAGCAUUCUUAACAGUGGUGGACAUUGCUGGACUUGUGAAGGGUGCUUCUGAGGGUCAAGGACUUGGAAAUGCUUUCCUGUCAGAAAUCAGUGCUUGUGAUGCUAUUUUCCAUUUAUGUCGAGCAUUUGAAAAUGAAGAUGUGAUUCAUGUGGAAGGCGAUGUGAACCCAAUUAGAGAUUUAGAAAUCAUUGCUGAUGAGUUAAGGUUUAAGGACAUUGAAAAAUUGAAUAAAGAAUUAGAGAAAUUAGAAAAAACUUACAUUAGGGGCAACGACAAGAAAUUAAAAGUAGAAUAUGAUACUCUACAAAAAGUGAAAACGAUAAUAGUGGAUGAACAAGCACAAAUAAGAUUUUCUGACUGGAAUGCUGCUGAGAUUGAAGUAUUGAAUAAACAUCUAUUUUUAACGUCAAAACCAGGAAUAUAUUUAGUGAAUUUAUCCGAAAGUGAUUACAUUAGAAAGAAAAAUAAAUGGUUAAUUAAAAUCAAGGAAUGGGUAGACAAACAUGAUCCUGGUGCACCAAUUAUACCAUUUUCUGGAGCAUUAGAGCACAAGUUAGUUGAUAUGCCAGAGGAUGAGGUAAAAGCAUAUUUAGAAGCAAAUAAGGCCACUAGCGCCCUGGAUAAAAUUAUUGUAACGGGAUACAAAGCAUUACAAUUGGAAUAUUUCUUCACUUGUGGACCAGAUGAAGUAAAAGCAUGGACAAUUCAGAAAGGAACAAAGGCACCUGGUGCAGCUGGUCGAAUUCAUACCGAUUUCGAAAAAGGUUUUAUAAUGGCAGAAGUAAUGAAAUACAGUGAUUUUAAACAAGAAGGUAGCGAAGUAGCUGUUAAAGCUGCUGGUAAAUACCGUCAACAAGGUCGAAAUUACGUUGUGGAGGAUGGUGAUAUUAUUUAUUUCAAAGCAAACACUGGCGCUGGUUUGGCGAAAAAAGAUGUUAAAAAGAAAUAAAUCAGUGUUUGAUCCGGUUAUGAAAUGAUUUCAUCUAAAAAUGUGUUCUGGAUCAGAUUUAAAAAUAAUACACAGUUUGAAUCCAAAAUAUUUAAGAACAUGGCC